UUUUGCUAAGGGACAGAGAAAUGAGUUUUGAAAAUGGAGGUAAACGCUAUAUAUAGUCUGAAGUGUCACCAUACAUGGGAUGGAAGAGAGAAGCAAGGCUUCGUCUGCACGAGUGGCAUUAUUUUUGUUACGGUCAGCAAGACGCCUCCAAGUGCUCUCAGGCUGACCUGACUCUCAGCGCCGUUCACUUCUCCAACGGUCUUUGUUUGAAGUUUUCCUGACAUGCCGACGAGGGCCAUGCCGUUUUAUCAGAAAACACAGACACGGGUUGGACAUCAGUAUUCCAGCUCAAAGCAGCAGAUCUCAUCGAGGAAAUCAAGCACCAAGUCGACGAAGAAGGAGCAGGUCGAGGCCACUGAGGUUAUGGCGGAACCAGCCUAUACGGUGCCAGCCUUCAGAACGAGGCAACCUGAAGGAAUGGAGGAGUAUCAGCGUGUGUCCUCUCAUCUUGAGAGAAAUCUGACUUCCCUGCAGGAAGAGCUGCACAGGAUGAGGGUUUCCACUCACGAGCAAGUGCUGAAUAUUGAGAUUACAAAUGAGGUGAGAGCAAUGAAGUACAUCAGGAAAGAGCUUCCUAUUGAGAUUCCUAAAGUCCCAGACUUCCUGUUGGGUCUGAGAUCUCAUACUGUGUGGGAGAAGACUCCAGUCAAGCUCUUCUGCACUGUCUCUGGCACCCCCACCCCCAUCGUCCAAUGGUAUAAGAGUGGCGUUCCCGUUGACCCUCUGAGUGCACCCGGAAAAUACAAAAUCGAAAACAAAUAUGGAGUUCACAGUCUGAUUAUUAGCAGAUGCACAAUAGCUGAUUCUGCUGUGUACAGCGCUGUGGCUACCAGCUCUCAGGGAAAGGCCAUCUCUAAGGCCACAGUCUGUGUGAGAAGACCAUCUGGGGCUGCAGAGAGCUCUUAUCUUCCAGGCCAAGCACCCUUGCCUUUUGAUAUCCAGCGUAGCAAGCUGGAAGUGACCCUGCUCGAGAGGUUUGGAGUGACGUUUGGAACGGAGGGCGAGUCGUUGACUCUGGUGGCGAACAUGGUGGUGGUACCUGACCUUCCUAAUCUGCCACCAGAGGUUAUGUGGUACAGAGAUGAUACCCUGCUGACACCAUCCAGAUGGGCUGAGAUGUAUGUCGGCGGUGGGGCUGCCAAGCUGACUCUGCCUCACCUGAACAAGGAUGAUGAGGGUCUGUACACGCUGCGCGUCUGGACCAAGGAUGGAACCACCGAACACAGCGCCUACCUGUUUGUCAAGGACGCCGCGCCCUCAGUAGCCGGAGCCCCAGGAGCUCCCAUGGACGUCACAGUCUCUGAUGCCAGUAAGGAUUAUGUCCUCGUCUCCUGGAAGCCUCCCAACACCACUAAUGAGCCACUUAUCACUGGUUACUUUGUGGAUAGACGCAAGUCUGGAACUAAGGACUGGGUCCAGUGCAACAGCACUCCCGUUAAGGUGUGCAAGCUUCCUGUGGAUGGGCUCACCGAGGGGGAUUCCUAUCACUUCCGGGUCCGGGCUGUGAACAGCGCGGGUAUCAGCCUGCCCUCCAGGAUGUCCUCUGGAGUGACCGCUGCCGACGUGGAAAGUGACGUGGAAGUGAUUAAAAUCCAGGGGAAGUAUGAUAUCGCAAUUCGACAGGAGGAACUGCAAGGAGCGUACGUUACGUUGCCGGAGCCCCCGACAGACGUGCAUGCUACUGAAAUAAAUCACACGUAUAUUGUUCUGAGCUGGAAGCCACCCAUUCCCCGAGGACGGGCAACUGUGUGGUACCUCAUUGAGAAGUCGCUGGGUGACAGUAACUCGUGGCAGAGAGUCAACACGGGCGUACAAAUCCGCUCGCCACGUUACCCUCUUUACGAUCUGGAGGCCACGAAAGCGUACCGUUUCCGCGUUAUCACAGUCAACAAGUACGGCCCGAGCGAACCAUCGGAGCCCUCGGCUCUCAUCCAGAAGGCAGACGCUUACGGCUGCGCUCCAAGCACCGGAGUUCCCUCGGCUCCGGGUAAGGUCUUCGCUUCUAGAAACACCAAAACAUCUGCGUUUGUGCAGUGGGAUCCGCCCAAACAGGGCAAAAACCUCAUGGGUUAUUAUGUGGAUUGCUGUGUUGUCGGCUCCAAGACUUGGGCGCCCUGCAAUCACAGACCCUACAAGCACACCAGGUUUGUGGUCCAUGGCCUGACUCCUGGUGAUACGUAUAUAUUCCGUGUCCAGGCAGUGAAUGCCUAUGGUCUGAGUGAAGAGUCUCAGGAGUCCACUCCACUCUUCAUUGACGCUGCUCUUGAGAGAGGAGUGGACUAUGCGGUGCCCUCUGCCCCGUACGCCAUCACUCUGCUCAGCUGCGACGGAGCCUCCAUGACCCUCGCCUGGAAACGCCCUAAACACACCGGUGGAAGCAGGAUCACGUCGUACUUCCUGGACAAACGGGAAGCGGACUCUGUGCUGUGGAAGGAGGUCAGCUCAAGACCUGCCACUAGCAGGGUUUAUAAGGUGGAGAAUCUGACCGCUGGAAACUUCUACGAGUUUAAAGUUCAAGCUGGAAACAUGGCCGGUGUCGGUCUGGCAUCUGAGCCCAGCGUGCCAUUCGCCUGUGAGGCCUGGACCAUGCCUGAGCCUGGCCCUGCAUAUGACAUCAGUUUCUGGGAGGUGCGAGAUGAUUCGCUCCUGGUGCGGUGGAAGGCUCCAGUCUACACUGGGGCCAGUCCUAUCACGGGUUACUUUCUGGAAAUGGCCAAGAAGGGAUCCUCUGACUUUGUGGCAGUCAAUGCUGAGGCCGUGAACCGUUGUUACUUGAAGGUGACCGGUGUGGAGACAGGAGCUUCGUAUGUGUUUAAAGUAUGUGCCGCGAAUGCCUCGGGUAAAGGAAGGGCCUCAGACGUGUCUGAGGCUGUGUGUGUUAAAGCUCUGCCAGGUACGAAGGAGAUCGUCUGUGGUGUGGAUGAGGAGACUGGAGAUAUCUUCUUGUCCUUCGAGGCUUGCGAGACAUCUGAGCACUCCAAGUUUGUUUGGUCCAAGUCCUACAAAGAAAUCGCCGAAUCCAAGAGAGUCACCGCCUCAGCUGUCGGAAGAACCUCCAAGCUGACGUUUAUCAACCCUGAGAAGGACGACCUGGGUCUCUACUCAGUGGCUGUGACGGAUACAGAAGGAGUGUCCUCUAGUUACAGCCUCAAGGAGGAGGAACUCAAUAAAAUGCUCGACCUCAGCUACAACAUCAGACAUCCAAUUGUUCCCCUGAAGACAGAGCUGAACUACGAAGUUCUCGAGAAGGGUCAUGUGCGUUUCUGGCUGCAGGCCAAGAAGCUGUCCUCUGCUGCGUCCUACAGGUUCAUCGUUAACGAUAAGGAGAUCACUAGUUCCGAGGGUCAAAAGGUUAGCCACAAUGCUUCCACUGGAGUUAUUCAGAUGGUAAUUGAGCACUUCACCAGAGCCAACGAGGGCACGUAUACCCUUCAGAUCCAUGACGGAAAAGCCAAGAACCAAAGCUCCCUGGUGCUUGUGGGAGAUGUCUUCAAGACUGCACUGAAGGAGGCUGAAUUUCAGCGAAAAGAACACCUGAGGAAACAAGGCCCACAUUUCUCGGAGUACCUGUCUUUCCAUGUGGAUGACGAGUGCACCGUUAAGCUUGUAUGCAAGCUGGCCAACGUGAGGAAAGACACCACGUUCACCUGGUUUAAAGAAGACGAAGAAAUCACUCUCGAUGCCGCACCCAACCCAAUGUCCGGAUCCUGCGCGCUUCCUAUCCCCUUGUUUUCCAGAAAAGACCAGGGCAUUUACAAAGCAGUGCUGAGCGAUGAUCGUGGAAAGGAUACUUCUGUUUAUGACAUUUCUGGCCAAGUAUUUGAGGAUAUCAUCAGCGCCAUCGCCCACGUUUCUGGCUCCUCUGCCUCUGAACUGAUGUUGCAGUGCACACCAGAGGGCAUCAGACUGCAGUGCUAUAUGAAAUACUACACAGAGGAAAUGAAGACCAGCUGGUUCCACAAGGAAAGUAAAAUCGCCUCUUCGGAGAGGAUGAGGAUCGGAGGCACGUCCGAAAUGGCCUGGAUGCAGAUCUGUGAGCCUACUGAUAGGGAGAAGGGCCAGUACACCAUUGAGAUUCACGAUGGCAAAACUGCCCACACCCGAUCCUUUGACCUCUCUGGACAAGCAUACAAUGAUGCUUAUGCUGAAUUCCAGCGACUCAAGGCCGCAGCAUUUGCAGAGAAAAACCGUGGCAGAGUAGUGGGUGGACUGCCAGACGUCGUCACGAUUAUGGAGUACAAGACCCUGAACUUGACAUGUACAGUGUGGGGUGACCCCAAGCCCGAGGUCACCUGGUUCAAGAACGAACAGGAAGUUGUGUCUGACGACCACAACCAGAUCACUUUCGAGAGCGGCAAGUUUGCCAGCCUGACCAUUAAAUCCGUUACGGUGGAUGAUUCAGGCAAGUACAGCAUCAACGUGCGGAACAAGUAUGGCGGCGAGUUUGUGGAGAUCACCGUCAGUGUGUACAAGCUGGGCGAGGAGAUCCAUGAACCCAAGUUGGGACAGAUGGCGAGACCCACCACAGCACCCAAGUCCUCCGCACCACCCUCCUCAAAGCCCCAGACUCCUGCACCAUCCGUGAAGACCCCUACCCCAGCCCCGUCUGUUAAAUCCCCAACUCCACCUCAAGCCGCAAAGUCCCCUACCCCGACUCCCAAAUCCCCCACCCCACCUAGGAGUGCCAAGUCCCCCACUCCUCCCAGAUUCAUGAGGUCCCCAACGCCCACCAAGAAGUAAAACAAGAAGCUGUUACGUUACUUCCAGUGGAUGAUUUAGAUAUUGAUAUCGCAAAAAAACGUAUAGUGCUUGAUAAUAUUUGAAAAAUUUGACCACAGAAGUGGUUUAUCAAUCGCUAACUUAUUGGCCAAAAUAAAAGAAUAUUGGCAUCAAGUUAACCUUGUUAGUUUGUCAUUUUUCAUAGAGGUGGCUUAUAAAUCAACAUAGUCUACGUUCUAUGUGCAUGAGAGCUUUCAGAAAUGCGUUUGGGUAGAUUUUAUUAGAUCAGACUAGAACUCUAAUAUCAGACUCUGUUGUAACAAAAGUCAAGGAAGUGGUUAAAUAUUCAUUUAAUCCAAAAACAUUAUGAUAAUAACAACCACCACGUUUGUGAACGCCAUCACCAUACACCUCUUCUUCUGUAGUUCGUAAUGCUUUGUUUUGGCAAUAAAAACAGUGAUCAACUUC